GGGCAUUUAUGACAAGGUCAGCAUUUAUUACCCAUCCUUAAUUGCCCUUGAGAAGGUGGUGGUGAGCCACCUUGAACCACUGCUGUACUUCUGGUGAAGGUACUCCUACAGUGCUAUUGGGAUCAUUGACUUCCUCCCUCACGAUGCAAAUGUUGAAACAGCUUUUCCUGAAACCAUGAUGGCAACACAGCCGAUUCCUCUUGAUUCCUAUCAGGACGAGCAGUCGAUGCCAGUCGUGCCACAGAUGACUAGCAACACUGAGCCAGGGUCCAGCUGCACCAAAUCGGACCCCGAUGCCUCAAGUCCUGUGCCUGCAGAGUCUCAGACAUCUAUGGAAGCUGAUAAAGGAGCCAUUUACAGACAUCCUCUGUUCCCACUCUUGGCUCUUCUGUUUGAAAAAUGCGAGCAGUCGACCCAAGGUUCUGAAUGUAUCACCUCAGCAAGCUUUGAUGUGGACAUCGAAAACUUUGUUCGCAAACAGGAAAAGGAAGGGAAGCCGUUUUUCAGUGAAGACCCAGAGAUUGAUAAUCUGAUGGUGAAAGCAAUCCAAGUGCUCCGUAUUCAUCUGUUGGAACUGGAGAAAGUUAACGAUUUGUGCAAAGAUUUCUGUAACCGUUACAUUGCUUGUCUGAAAACCAAAAUGAACAGUGAAAAUCUACUAAGCUCUGACCCUGGUGGACCUUAUGCAUCUGUUCAAACUCAGCAGCUUCCUGUGCAGAAUACAACAAUCACCACCCUACCUGGCACAAUCAGUCCGCAGGGAAUUGUGGUUCCAGCUUCAGCACUGCAGCAGGGAAAUGUCACAGUGACUACAGUCAACCCCACACAAGUUGUAUCAGGUGGGGCAGUUUAUCAGCCUGUUACUGUGGUUACACCUCAAGGUCAAGUAGUAACACAAACACAUGGUACAAUCCGAAUCCAGAAUGCACAGCUUCAGCUGCAACUAAAUCAAGAUGUGAAUGUCUUGCAUCAAGACAGUGAGAAUUCUCCAAAAAGUAAGCGUGGAGUGUUGCCAAAGCAAGCUACAAAUAUCAUGAGGUCCUGGUUGUUCCAACACAUUGCGCAUCCUUAUCCUACAGAAGACGAGAAGAGGCAAAUCGCAAGCCAGACUAGCCUCACGCUACUCCAGGUCAACAAUUGGUUCAUCAAUGCUCGAAGGCGGAUAUUACAGCCCAUGCUUGAUGCCAGCAAUCCAGACACUCCACCCAAGGCCAAGAAGAUCAAGACACAAAGUCGGCCGGUGCAGCGAUUCUGGCCCGAUUCCAUUGCAGCAGGAGUGGCUCAGCAGCACGUAGCCAGUAUUACCGUGUCAGACAGUGCAAUGGUCUCACUAUCGAGUCCAGUGAACGUGAAUGUGGACAGUCUGCAGUCUUUGUCAUCUGAUGGAGCAACACUGGCUGUACAGCAGGUCAUGAUGGCUGGACAGAGCGGAGAGGAUUCUGGUAACAGUGUUGAAGAAGAUGACAGCGAUCUCUCUACAACAAACAUAACUGUCCUGGCCUUAGACAACAGUGACUCACUGCAAUAGGCACAACUGGGAAAGGACGUGAAAGACAUGGGAAGCACUCUGACCAGGCAUUUUUAUUCUUUGCACGCACAGUGCAUUUUAUUUCUGAUCUAUUUUAUACAUUGGUAGGAGAGCACACUUUUCUAUCUCACCUUGUAUUGAAUGAAUGGGGGUUUGAAUAUUCUCACAUUGAACUAGCUGCUUUAAUGUGAGCAGACGGAAACAUUUACCAAUCGAUGUACAGACUCGGGCUGAAGGUUCCAACUUUGUAUCCGUUGGUCUGUUUCAUUCACUCAGAAAUAACUGGCCAUAAUUGACAGGUGAUUUGCAGAAACUCGCCAUAACUGCUCAACAAACAAAAACAAAUUAUUGGAUCAAAUCCUGCUUUUGUUUAUAGUUGAUGUACUUUAUUGUUAAAAACAUUUUGCAGCCAGUGCCCCACAUACUUUUUACUAACUUUGGAAGGCAUGGGUUUCAGGACAGAGUGGAGCCCUACUUCAGGUGAGCACCAAACAUGGGAACUACUUGUGUGAGGCAGAGUGGUAUUUGAAGGUACGGGUGAGAGGAGCGUUGGGGAGGUGCACCAUUGACCAGAAACUGGUGCUGAGCAGCUGUGAGGUAUGCUCACAUGUGUCCUGAAGAAGGGUCCUGACCCGAAACGUUGACCGUCUGUUUUUUUCCACAGAUGCUGUCUAGCCUGCUGAGUUCCUCCAGCAUCUUGUUGUUUUUUCAUCUAGAUUCCAGCAUCUGCAGUCCUUUUGUUUCUCUAUGCUCACAUUGUACAAUUAUGAUGGGCAAUUUCUCCCAGUGUCCUUGCUAAGUACAGGACUGGAUCGAACAGUCACUGGAUUUAAGUCUGUUGUCAUUCCUCGUGUGAAGUGAAAACCCAUAACCACCACGUGUCUUUUUCCCCUCUUUACUUUUAUUGCUGGAACCUCUACCAUCUCCACAGCUAAGGCCGGUGGAGGGGAAGGAAAAGCAGGCUCUGUGUUGAUGGUGGGAACUACGAUAUCAAUUAAACACCUUAUACUGUGGCACAACAGAGGGAAUAGUGUCCCGGAUGGCUGAACCAGUCUUGUGUGCAGGAAGAUUACAAGGUUAUGGUUUCCAAGGGUAUCACCUGUUGCACAUAUACUGUGCAUCAUCGCCAGCAAGACCAGUGUGAGAGAUCAGCCUCUCAACUAUGGUCUGUUCACUUUAUUCUGCUCACUUGAGUUUCAGUGCUUUUAUUUGACCAACUUUACUGAGAUUCUUUGUGCCAUUAAUACAAAUAAUGUAAGCUUUAUAUAUUUUAAGUAUCUUAAAAAUAAGUGCCGUAGCACUGCAGUGAAUAUGGGUGCUAAUCAGUUUCUUGCUCCUUAGGUAAUUGUUCAUACACUCCUUCCCAUCUCGCCUCAGUCUGCGACUUCCUGGCACUGGUCAUUCUUCCUAUGAGCCAAGACAGCUGAGGCUAUGAGGCAGCUUGGAUCCUCAGAGCUGGAUUGAGCUUAGGAUCAGACCAGGGCAGCAACUCUCACUCCAACCCUGUCAGAGCCAGCUAACGUCACAGAUUGAGAUAGAGAGUGUGAGUAUUCCACAUCACCACACUCACCCACUGAGUUAUGAGGAGCAUAUUUUACUUCAUUAUUAUUUGUGUCAUUUAUUAAACUGAAGAGAAGCAUCAUACUAGAUUUAAAUUAUA